CCAGACUGUGUGGAAGAGGCUGUGAAUUAUAUUUACACCAAACGAGCGAAUGAUUUUUUGCACUUUACAGGGGUAAAAGUCUACGUCUGCAGUGAACCCCAACAUGUUGGUUCCUCUCUAUUAUUUAGAGGAGGAAUACUGCAUACAAUUUUGGUAAAAAUUGGUUGUUCUUGGAAGUUAACCAUAGGAAUUCGUCCUGCGAACAACAGUGAGCCUAGAUGUUAUAUAUUAGAUGGCUAAUUUUCAUAAACCUGGCCGGGAGGUGAUUUGAAGUGAAAUUGCUGAAGACUGAUGAUUUUUCCUCUCGGAAUAAUGAGGACGUCAAACGCUCUCGUAUGCGCAGGAUUUUUAAAGAGAGGGGCGAUUUUUGCUGUUUGCCUAUUCGUGUUUUGCGAAUGGUUUAUCUACUACAUGGUGAUACUUCAAUGUUCGUGGCCGGUAUUUACUAUCGAGGAACAUGCAAAGUCCUCCGAACCUCUCAGGACCAUGUUACUGACCGAUACACACUUGCUAGGGUCGAAAGAUGGCCAUUGGUUUGACAAACUGCGGAGAGAAUGGCAAAUGGAAAGAGCUUUUCAAACAGCUGUGUCCUAUUUCAAACCAGAUGUCAUCUUUUUACUUGGGGAUCUGUUCGAUGAGGGUAUGAAAUGUAGUGAUGAGGUAGGGCUGCCUAGAUAGGUGCAGAGGAUUUCUCUGUAUGAUUUUUUUUAAUGCAAAAUAUUUAUUUUAAAGCGUAAAAGUCCUGUAAAAAACCUACACGAGCAGGCAAAAGCGUUGACUGGUACACAAACACAUGAGCUGGUGACAGAUGUGCAGUUGAAAGAGUUACUUGUCUCCAUUUAGAUUAAAACAUUUCAGCUUUCUAGAACUCACCAACAUCGUGGUCUCAUUAUUUUAUAAAUAAGAAAUUUGUAAUUUAACUCAGAAAUAUAGAUCUGAUGAGUAGUAAUCUGGGUCCUAUCAGAAAAACCACUCCUUUGUUAUUCCCUCAAGUUUUUGCUGUUGAAUUUCCAAACCUUUUCAAAUAUUUAUCUUGAAUGUAAAGAAGUAGCUUAUUUUGUGACUGGUGAGGCUUAAAACUUUAGCAAGACAGGUCUGUAGAAUGUUCAUGUUUGGAAUUGUUGUGGAGAUCAGGCACAGAUACUCUGGACAGACAUCAAUGUUUGCACCAAGGUAGGAAUUGCCAGGUGAGAUCUCAGAAACCAGGCCUAUCAGGUUUACCUUGUUCACAGAAAGAGGCACUAAAAUAAAACACAGCUCAAUGACUUGAAGUUUGUGAAGGAAUAUGGGAUAGUUUUCACACAUACCAGUAGCCACCAGUAAAUUAAAUUAAUGAAACAGAAUAUUUCACUGUAAAACAGGAAUGGAAUAAGUACAUCCAGCGUUUUUACAAGAUGUUUCGUCAUUCAACUCAUACCAAAUUUUAUGUUGUGGUGGGGAAUCAUGACAUUGGAUUUCACUAUGAGUAAGUGUAGAAGAAUAUAUUCAUAAACUUUAUUUUAAUGCCCUUUAGGCACAGAUUCACCAUGUUAUAAGUUAUUUAACAAACAUUCCAUGAGUGCAUGUUGGGUAUGAGUUGACUAUAACCAAAACUUGUAUCCAACAAGCACAAAUGGAAUAAUUGUUUCAUUAAAUUUCAUGAAAUCCUGAAUGUUUGGAUGUUUGGAGCUUUUGUCAGCUCUGUUACAGUUGGUGCAAUGCAUUUAAGGUGACUCAGAAUAUGACUUUAUAACAGGAGUUGAGUGAACCAACAGAACACUAGAAAUGUUAUAUUCGGGAUUGAAAUUGUCAAUAUUGUGUUAAUAUUGUAAGGAAAAAUUCUGUCUUGAUAGCUCAUGGGAGUUUAAAGUUAAGGAGUGUGCUUGUUGAGGUUUUUACUUGACAUUUUUUUUUGCGUUUGUCUGUAAAGGGCAUCUGGUGAUCAGCAUCUCUUUCAACGAUUUUCAGCUGAGUUUGACUCUCCCUCAGUAAAACUUCUGAACAUUAGAGGAAACUUGUAAGUACUGUUGUUGUCUUUUUUUGUUUUUUUAGCCUUAAGUAAACUUCACAGUCCAUUAGAAAUCUACUUUUCCAUGAUAGUACUUGUUUCAGGGGUUUCAUGAAAAGUCAGUUACUAGCAGUGUGCUGUGGCCUAUAAGACCUCUUACUGUCAUCUGUUUAAUCUCUAACCUGGGUUUCCCCUUACAGUCCCUUUCCAGUCACAGCUGCCUAUAAUCUCAUCAGCAGCUGCAUGUGGAAAAAAUUAACUGUCAUUGAAAACCCUGUUUGUUUGCUUUUAAACUUUCUACUUUGGAGACUUCCCCUCAAAUAGGUAUUUUCCCAAAAUGAUAAACCUUGGGGAAGGUAAUGAAUAUUUUUUUGAUGCUGUGUAGUUUCACAUUCUAAUUGUUUUAUUGCAUUUAAUGCAGUUAAAUGCAAUUUAACAGAGUUAACAACAAAGAGCAUCAGCAUUCUCUUGUAGUCAAAAGUUUUUGCACAUGUGCAUACAUCAGAUUUCCAUGUGCCCUUUGGUUGAGGCAUUCUUGUAUGUGAUUCAAGCAUGAACUUGCAGCAUCGUGAGGGGUAGCAGCUCAUUGUCCGGGCAGUUUUCCCCACCCCUUCCCUCCUUCCCUUUCCUGUGUGGGGGCUCAUGGCUGGGUUGCCAGGAUUUGUCAGCCAUAGGAGAAGUCUCCAUCUAGGAGCUGGCUGCCAAUAGUGGAAGCUCCUGGAUGUUUCAGGCACCCAACUUAGUGAUGCAGUUGUUAAUUAUUAAUUUUCACUGUAGGUUUGUCCUAGUGAACUCCAUAGCUCUGCAAGGUGAUGAAUGUUCCAUGUGUUCCGAGGCUAUGACUCAACUAAUGAAUGUGGCUAACAAACUGAACUGUCACAGAGAGAGGUCUAGUAAAAAAGUUUACGAAGAUGUGAUCAAAAAAGAGAAGAAAACAUGUGAUCUACCCAAGGAUUCUCCAGCCCCUAUACUUAUUCAGGUAUUAGACAUUUUUAGUACCUCAAGUUGUUGUGAUGAUAUCUUAAGGCAUUAUGUUUUUACUAGUUAAAUCGAGGAGGUCCAUGCCUUUGGUAAAAUAGUGAGAUAACAUGUGCAUUUAUCCAUGGUAAAAGCAAAAUACAUUCCAUUUAUUACCAUCACAGAGUAAUGAAGUGACACAAUGGCCUCUGGUGUACCACUCUCAAAAGCUUUCUAGCAAACUUUCAGAGUGACUCAGAGAACUAUGUGUUGGUUAUUUUGAUGUCAAAUAUCUUUAUGGUGAUUAAUGAAGCUACACACUUUACCUCUGGCAUUUUCAUUUCAGUUGUUAGGGACACUGACUAAUGUUGGAGUAGCAUUAGUUCAAUCUUCUUCAAAAUCUGAAUAAUUUUAAGGCUUUCUUUUUCCAUAACUCUCUCAAUUGAAAGUUGUGUUUAAAUCAACUUGAUGCAUAUCAUUCACUCACCAAGUAUUAUUCAUUUUCCAAAUUUGGGAUAAAAUUCCUUUCUUUGCAGAGCAAGAAUGACUCACUGAAAUUUUCUUCCUCCAUGACUUAAUCCGCUUUUUAGGUCUUACUUACUGAAAAUUUUAGUCCCUAGCGUCAGUUUACUUAUUCUUCGUGCUAUUCUUUCUGCAUUUCCUGUGGUACUGAUCAGGAGAAUUAAUCUAACAAUUAAGAGCUUGACUAGGCGGUGAUCAUUUCCUUUAUUGAAUUUUUGGUUCAACUGUCAUAAGGUAGGAAGAAAUUAGAUGCUUAUCACUCUUAGGGGGUCAAAGGCCUUACCACAGUUCAGCUGUGAUGAUAGAUUUGACACAGCUGACAUUGUCAUAAAUAUAUCUCUUUUGCAGCAUUUUCCGUUGUACCGUAGAAAUGAAGUGAGAUGUACAGGAGUUGAUGCCCCUCCUGACGAAGAAAAGCGCUCCAAAAACAGAGAGAAAUGGGAAGUGGUUUCCAAGGAGAUGUCUCAAAAGCUUUUGUCAUUACUACGUCCACGCCUAGUACUGAGUGGCCACACCCAUCAUGGCUGCUAUCUGUUGCACGAUGAUGGUACCCCUGAAAUGACGAUUCCUUCGUUCAGCUGGAGGAAUAGAAAUAAUCCUAGUUUUGUUUUGGUAAGUUUAUCAGAUAGAAUAGCUGUGAAUUAAGUGUUAAGAGGAUUCCAGGGUUGUGUUGGUUCUGCUUCAAUACGCCGGGAUGUGAUUGUUGUUAAUAACUAGCGUCACCCUCUCAACUCAUUAGAAAAGCUACAACAACGACCUUCCGAUUAGUACUUCGGAUGCUCUACCGAGUGUUCCCGAUAAGAGUCGAACCUAUGACCUUCCGAUUAGUAUUUCGGAUGCUCUACCGAGUGUUCCCGAUAAGAAUCGAACCUAAGACCUUCCGAUUAGUACUUCGGAUGCUCUACCACUGAGCUAAAGAUGACUCGUAAUGUCCAUUCUUCUCAUUCUUUUUGCCGCUCUAUUUAAUAUUCCUUGCCACAAUUAUUUUCCUCCAAGGUGUGUCCGUGGAGAAUUUUAGGCAACAGAAGCUUCAAAGAGUUAACUUUGGUGUUUAUUUUCCUUUUUUAGAGCGUCAUUUCCCCGGAAAAGUUCGCUCUGUCAAAAUGUUUUAUUCCUCGGGAGAGCACGGUAAUUGCAGUGUAUAUCAUUGGAGGAAUCAUGUUUGUUGUAAUGAACUUUGGACUUACAUAUACAUCCCUUAGAACUCGUAGAAAAUUCAACUCUUGUGUUAGAUGACACAGGGUCUAUUAAUGCAAAAUGUCUGUGGUUUAUUUUUCCUGUCCUGAACAAAGAUAUGUUGCAAAUGAAUUGUAAAUGAAUUUCAGUGAGUCCUAAAUUUAUAGUAAAUACAUAAGAAAAUUGUCUCGAGACCAUUUUAAGCUAUGGAAGGGGAAACGAAAUAAAACUGCGAUAGAAUUACGUGUUUGCUGGAC